AUGGAUUUUUUCGGUGACGAAAGUGCGGCCGCCCAGCCAGCAGUCCAGGCGACUUCGGACCCAGCAGCUGAUUUUCUUUCUGGUGAACAAAGUGAAAUCGCAAAUAUUGAAGGAGCUGUUUAUGACGAGCCACCAGCCCAAGCAGAAGCUUCAAAUGACUUUGAUCCCUUUGGCGCUGGGGAAGCUCCCGCGGGGGAAGGGGCUGAAACUGAACCUGUCACCGCCGCUGCCGAAACCGCCGACGAGGAGUUUCUCUUCGAACAAGCAACUGUCCAAGCGCCCGUUGAGGAAAUGUCAAAUCUUGAAGUAGCCGCCGAGCCCGAGCCGAUCGCGCUGAGCCAGCCAGAACCAGUUUACACAAUGCCAGUCAUGGAGCCAGAAAGCAUCAAAUUAUGGAGAGAACAGUUCAAAACGAGAAUCGAGGACAUUGAAACAGAUGCAUCUGCACAGGAACAAAUUUGGAAGGACGAGGCCAAGGAGCAGAUUAAAAAGUUCUACAAAGAAAGAGAGCAAAAACUCGCAGCAAACAAGGCGAGAAAUCGAGAAGAUCCAAAUGCGUUGAAGUUGGAACAGGAGAACUUUGACCCGACAGAAGGCAUGACUGACCAGGAGAAGUGGGAAAAGGUCACUGCUAGAAUAGAUUUCAAUGCCAAAGACAAAAUGAAAGAGGCUAAAGAAAGUGAAGAAAUACGCUUCCUGAAAAGGUACCUAGCAAAGCAUGGGCGGCUCCGAACGCUCAAGGCACUGAACAAAGAUCUUGAAAGAAAGAAAAAGAAAGACGAAAGAAAGCCUAUAGCGCUGAGUUUCACGAUACUGAAAGCUCCUAAACGAAAGAUAGAAGAAUUAGCACCGGUCAAGCCGAAGAAGAAAGCCAAAGACGGCGAAGAAGAGAAAACUGUCACCAUUCCGAAAGAAUUCAAGAAGCUCGCAAAGAACUUCGGACUCCCAGAAAAACAACUUGAAUUUUUCUACGAAAACAGAUCGUCCUUCAACUGGGAAUACAAAAUGGAAGAGGCUGAAGAAAGUGAAGAAAUACGCUUCGUGAAAAAGUACCUAGCAAAGAAUGGUCGAUUACGAGCGCUGAAAGCACUGAACAAAGAUCUUGAAAGAAAGAAAAAGAAUGACGAACGUAAACCUGUUACGCUGAGUUUUGCGAUACAGAAAGCUUCUGAUGGAAAGAGAGAAAAUGCGGAAGGGCGUGAAGCAAAGAAGGGAAGUACGGAAGCCAAAAAAGUCGAAGAGAAAGAAAAUGCCAGCAUUUCAAAAGACGCAGAUCAAAAUUCAAAUAAGAAGAACGCAGACAAUGUCGGCCGAAAGCCUGUAUCUCUGAGUUUUACGAUACUGAAGGCUCCUAAAAGAAAGAUAGAAGAAUUAGCGCCAGUCAAGCCAAAGAAGAGCAUGGUCAAGAAAGCCAAAGAUGUGGAUGAAGAGAAACGUGUAACCAUUCCAAAAGAAUUCAAGAUACUCGCCAAGAACUUUGGACUGCCGGAAGAACAUCUUGAAUUUUUCUAUGAAAAUAGAUCAUCGUUCAACUGGGAGUGUAAAGAUACAACUGAAAUUCACUGUGCUGAAAAAAACUGUAACUUUAAAAUGAAAGCGUCAAAAGGUUGUUUGAUGAGAUGGGUCUUUUUAUUCCUAUCUCUGUCGGCUAGCUCGGAAUCGGAAGAUAACACCGAUCCCGCCACUGAUGCGAGUCCACUUCCAACAUCUUCGCCGUCUAAUCUGACAUCAACGACCUACGGCUUCGGUGAUGUUUUGGGGUAA